AUGGCCAAAUCCUGGGGAGACGUGCUCACAGAGCCCAAGGAGCCGCGAAAGAGCUGGAGUUCAUCUAAAUCGCUUCGAUAUAUCCUUCCUCUGCUGGGCCUUUGGUUCCUUCUGCGCAAUUACAUCCUCAUUGCUAGCAAUGCGUCCCAAUGGCAUCCCAGCACCGACAAAGAGAACAAGGACAGAUGCCCGCAGGUUGAGCCUUUGUUUCCCUCCAGAAAUACAAAGGAGCUGAACGACACCGAAAGCUAUCUGGCAUCUGGUGAUUUCCGUAAGCUUGCAAUCGAACGCCUGUCCGGGGCCGUGCAGAUCCCAACUCAGAGCUACGAUGACAUGGGCGAUAUUGGUACAGACCCACGAUGGGACAUUUUCAACUCAUUUGCAGACUACCUGGCGAAGACGUUUCCUCUCACUCAUGCUACGCUGCAGCUCGAGAAAGUCAAUACGCAUGGCUUGUUAUUUACCUGGUCUGGUACAGAGCCAUCGUUGAAAGCCACCCUGCUUAUGGCGCACCAAGAUGUUGUGCCUGUUCCAGAGAGUACUAUAAAGCAGUGGACACACCCUCCCUUCUCAGGUCAUUACGAUGGAAAGUUUGUUUGGGGUCGGGGUGCGAGUGACUGCAAGAAUCAGCUUAUGGCCAUUCUUUCAGCUGUCGAGGCACUCCUCUCAGCCGACUUCACACCGCGUCGUACACUUAUCUUGUCCUUUGGUUUCGACGAGGAGAUCUCGGGUCGUGAAGGUGCACAGCAUCUUGCGAAGUACCUGACCGAGAAGUAUGGGCACAACUCUAUUGCAGCUAUUGUUGACGAAGGGGCUGUUAACGUCGAGAACUGGGGCGCCGACUUCGCUAUUCCAGGUGUUGCGGAGAAGGGUUAUGUUGACGUCGACAUCGUUGUGCGCAUGCCUGGUGGCCAUUCUUCUGUCCCUCCUGCGCACAAUGGCAUAGGUGUUGCAGCAGAGCUCAUUACUCUGAUUGAGUACGGUCUCUACGAACCGCACCUUGCUGACGAGAACCCAUACCUUGGCCUCUUAACAUGCGGAGCAGAGCACGCGCCCGAGUUUCCUAAGAAGCUUCAUCACUUGCUCGACAAGCGCUCUGCUAGAAGCCAGACGUGCGCGAAGAAGCCUGCCAAAGACAAGCUUGCUGAAGAGGCAGCGAAAGCAGGGCUGGGCGUGAAAUACCUUUUCACAACCUCUGUUGCUGUCGAUAUCAUCCAUGGUGGUGUAAAGAACAACGCCCUGCCUGAGCGUACCCAGGUCACCGUCAACCACCGCAUCAAUGUCGGUGAGAGCUCGAGCGACAUCAAGGCGCACAUCACCAAGCUCGCUGGCAUUAUUGCCAAAGGAUACAACUUGAAGCUUAAUGCCUUCAACGGCACUGAGGAACCCUCUAGCAUCACGCUCUCGCACCGUGCAACCGUCCUGGAGCCCGCUCCGGUGACUCCGACGACUCUGUAUGCUAGCUCGUCAAACAACACCCGUGUCACGCCCUUCUCUGUUCUCUCUGGAACAACCCGUGCACUUUACGGCAAGGACCUUUUCGUCGCGCCUGGCAUCAUGACAGGAAACACUGAUACGCGUUACUACUGGGAUCUGAGCGAGCAUAUCUUCAGAUAUGGGCCGGGCUGGGACAAGGAGCAAGCAGGUAUGGGCAACAUUCACACCGUCGACGAGAGGAUUGGCGUGCAGGCGCAUCUUGAUACCGUCAAGUGGAUGUGGGGCUGGAUUAGGAACAUGGACGAGGCCGAACUAUGA